CCAAAAUUUUGCUUUAUUUCGCAAGACAAAAACUCUUUUUCAUCACCAAUUUAGGCCGAAUCGCUGACUAUUAUUGUUCGAGUAGUGUUGUGAAAUAUCUAUCUGCUGAUAUUUCAUAGUUUUACCGUGUUUUAUGGUGUUAAAAGCUACUAAAACGCAAAAUGUUCCAGGGAAGUUUAGUCUUGAAUAGAUGCUCUCGAGCUCGACUCUGAGUCUGACACACACUCACUCACUGACUCAGUCACUGACUGUCGACUGACAUUGGCACAGCUCUGAUCCAGCUUUCCAAGGCCAGGCGCAAAACCCACCCAGGAAACGGAAGUGUAGGACAACCCUUCAGUCAUCGCGUUGCUAUUGAGCAGAUUAUCUCGAUUGGUCGAAGUUUGAUCAUACUCAUAGACCAAGCUGUUCAGUGUUCACAAAAUCUUUUCAACAUGAUAAACUUAUCUAAGCGUCUGAAGGAGCGUAAGACUGGUCCCGAUCAAGGUCCGCCGAAGAGAGCAUCUGUCAGAGAAAGGUUACUUGCCAAAGAGGUAAUGGAAAUGGGAAAGAGCCUUCCAAAAACAUGCCGCACUGAAUUCGAAGACCCAAACAAACUCCAUCAGUUCAUACUAAUAAUAUCCCCUGAUGAUGGUGAUUGGCAUGGAGGAAAAUACAAAUUUUUUAUAGACGUCCCUGAAGAGUAUAAUAUGGUUCCACCCAAAGUGCAAUGUAAAACAAAGAUAUGGCACCCUAAUAUUAACGAAGAUGGGGAAGUUUGCCUCAGCCUUCUACGACAAAAUUCUCUUGACAGUAUGGGCUGGGCUCCGACUCGAACACUGAAAGAUGUUAUUUGGGGAUUAAAUUCAUUAUUUACUGAUCUUUUAAAUUUCGAGGACCCAUUAAACGUUGAAGCUGCUGAACACCAUGAAAGGGACAAGCACGACUUCCAAAGGAAAGUUCAAGACUGGGUUCAAAAGUACGCAAAGAGAUAAAAGCUUGUACAGGACUCUCUAGGACAGUGUAUUUAUGAAGAAUUUUUAUGAUGUGUAUAGGACAUUUUGAUACCCACUUGGUGUUGUGCUUUGUUGAUAGCUGUGAAGUUCGGUGUUAGGUAGGCUUUGCCAAGGUUACAACUAUCACAGGAAGGACAGACUGGCCUGUAGACAAUGAUGUAUUUAUAAACACCGCUGAGUCUCCAGCAAAGGAUUGGGCUUUUCUUCCAAACUGAAGUUGUACUGCUUGGAGAUGUGACGUUCAUUCAGGUCAUUUUUACUCGUGGAAUCUACCACUUUUGAAGUGGUCCUUCAGUGACUUAGGAUUUGGGUCAUUCAAAAAUAUCAACGUGUAUCGCAGUCCGGACAAUAUUGGGAAGGGAAAAGGUGGAAAAUGUUUGAAAAAACUUUGAAAAGUCAAAUGGUGCCAGUGUAGGAUCACCACCCAUGUGAAUUUUUUUCGAGUUCGCUGUGCACUUGGAGGUGCUAUUCUCCAGAGAGUAUUUGUCCGAGACAAGAUGAACAUAUUUCUGUGGGAUCUGCUAUCCAUUUCUGCCGCCAUUCAUCAAGUACAUGGAAACCAUAUUUUGGUUAUGGGGCCUUUUUUUCUCACCGGUAAUUUUUUUAUUGGUGAUGGUUUCCUGAAAAAAUCUUUCUCCCUGGUUAUCAUUUUUGAGAGGAGCCCUGGAUCCAUUUUAUGUAAGCUUGUUCGCAUGUACAUAUAAUAAUGUAUUCUCUAUUUUACAAAAAAAUGGCACCGGAUGCAUAAGAAGCCUAAAAUGGUGGGAAAAUGUGUCAGUAUUUCACUUUAAAAGGCUCAUUCUUGGUCAUGAUUUUGGCAAAGGAAGUAUUGUCAGAAACUUUGGACUUUGAAUUUUCAGCCGAUAUACAGGUGUAACAUUUUGUUCAAGUAUUUCACCAGAAAUCAGAGUGCCAUUUUUCGUGAAAUGGGGUAUACUCUCCUACAACCUGAAUAAUAUGCAUUUUUUACAUGUACGUUUGUGAUAAUUCAAUAAAAGA